AUAAAAUUGUUUGUCAUACCGGCUUAUUUACUGCCGAUCAUUGGCAUAUUUUGAAGAUGGCGGAUUACGACGCUAAUCGAAACGUAGCCAGGAAACCAUGCAGGCAAUGUGGACGACAGUUUGUUCCAGAGUCUCUGGCAAAACAUGAACCUUCUUGUAUAAAAGCUGCAAACAAGAAGAGGAAGGUCUUUGACUCGGCCAAGCAGAGAUCUGAAGGCACUGAAGUCAACUACAGACAAAUCAAACAGGCCCAGAAAAAGGUAUCAUUACAGGAAGUUAAAGCCCCAAAAAGUAAUUGGCGUGCAAAGCAUGAGGAUUUCAUCAACACUGUCCGAGCUGCCAGGGGAGUCAGUAUUGCCAUGCAGCGAGGGGACCCUCUGCCUCCACCCCCACCCCCUUCCAUUAAUCCAGACUAUGUGCAAUGCCCGUACUGUGCCCGUCGUUUCAAUGAGAAAGCUGCUGAGCGCCACAUAAACUUCUGUAAAACUCAACAACAGAGGAUCCCCAACAAGCCUAAAGCAGAUCCUCGUGCUGCCGCUAAACAGAAUGUUAGAACACAGUACCAGCCUCCGAAACCAAAAACCAAAACAGAGAGUUCCCCAGGGUAUGGGGGAGCAGGUACUAGGGGGAGUCCAGCGACCCAAGCAGGGAGAGGUGCAGGAAUGGGUGGAACUCCUCCAAGCGUGAGUGGCCGACAGCCCAACUCCUACGCCAGGGGGCGUUCUACCGCCACAACCAGUACCCACCAGCAAACCACUCCGAGAAUAGAGCAAUAUAUUUCAUGGAAUAAUUCAUCCACUCACAAACAGGAGACAGAAAGUCAAGCAGCUCUUUUCCCAAAAGCUGUCAAAUUCUCCGCCUCAUUGCCUCCCAAAUAUCCCAACAAAGGAGAAGAGAUAAUUAAUCAUGUAAAAAAUCCAGAUGAACAGUCUGCAGGUCCUGCAAUAAAUGAUAGUUCUGAUGUCGUCUGGGCUAAGCCGAUUGUUCAUAAACGGAUGUUACAGCCAUUACGAAAUGGACAAGAUUUGGGCAGUGACUAUGGCGAUGAUUCGUUGUUUGAUGGAAAUGGGCGUGCCCUUCGAACCGGUCGAGAUGGCCGGGCCUAUCAAGAGGCCCGGCGGGAAAUACAUUCUGCGGGCAUUAAAAGCACGUCAAAUAGUCGCCUCAUGAGACGCCACAAAUCUGCAGGCGCUACUAAAGGCGGCACUAAUUCCUCCGGAGUGAUACAUUAUGGAUUAAAAGAGUCGGAGUCUGGAUAUUAUAGCAGUAGUUCAGAAAAUGACCAUAUGAAUUCACAUUCAAAUGGGAGCUCAAAUAACCGGAAAAAUUCUCUGGGCAAAGGAGGUGCGAAGUUUUGCCAUGAAUGUGGAACAAAAUACCCAUUAUCAGAAGCCAAGUUUUGUUGUGAGUGUGGUGUGAGAAGAAUGGGCUUCACAUAAUACAAAAAUUAGUUUGUCAAAUUGUAUAUAAUUAUAUAACAAAACAGUUCAUUUACCUAUUGGUUUAUAUCAUAUUGUCUAUUAUUUAUUUUUAUUUUACCAAAUUUCACUUACUUGGUACUGUUAAGGUAAACCAACUGAGUUCAAAAUCAGUUGUAACCAAUUCUGCUAUAAGAGAGGUUUUUUGCGCUGUCAGCAUAUAUUUUUGCUAGCCUUUUCUGAAAUGUCCAAAUUUUUACAUAUGUGUAAUUUCCUUAUUACUAGAUCACUAGGUUUAAAUGCUUUUAAAUGCACGAGUGAAACUAUUUAUUUACUCCAAAGCUAUAAACAUGUUUGCAGCGUAUUGUUAACCCUUAUAUAUAUUUACAUAUAAUGUAAUUAGAUGUUUGCUUGUUUUUUUUACUCUUGAUGGAUCGUAAAUUUUCAAUCAAUUAGGUUGUGAGCAUUUUCCCAGAUAGUCAGUUUGAUUAUUGUUUUCUGUAAUUAACACAUACUAGUAUAUGGAUUGAGCUUAAUUUUUUUGCUCCACUGAGUAUAAAUGUUCCGUCCGUUAACUGUUUUAUAUGCUUUUGCAUGCUAUCUACAUAAGAAACCUUUCAAUAUAUAUAUUUGCUCAGUUGGAGGAAAUAUUACUCAUUUGUAUGCCUAUGUCCAUGUUCAAUGUACAUGUAUGGCACACGUAUUGAUAAGUUUAUACAUUCAUGCAUUAUCUAUAGUGUUUUACAAUGAGAACCAAUUUAAACUUGUCAUUCACAAAGAAUUCGUUAUGGUAUUGUAAGGGGUUAACGAUCGAUUUUUAAUGUGGUUGAUUUUUUUCGUCUUUGAUUUGAUAAUCUGGAAUUGAAUGAACUGUGGAAAGUAAUUAAAAACUUUGCUCUCCCUAUGGAUAAUGAAAAAAAAUGAUAUACAAAUCCUGUUAUACAUUCCUUGUAUACAUCUUAUUUAAUUGACUUUCAUCUCAAAGACAUGUACAAGAAAAGGCACACUAGAUACGUUUGUUUAAUGAGCACUAAAACGAUUGUGUACAUUGUAGCAUCGUUGUACACGUACAUUUUCAAUGCAAGUCAGAAUUGUCUUUUGUUCACAUAUAUGGUUUAUUAGAAUUUUUUUCAAGAUUUAGUAAGCUUAUGUAGUUUAUGUUUACUUUUUAAUUUAUUUUGAAGGUAGUUGUAAUUGAUAUUAUAUAUAAAUAUGCAAUAAAAUACAUGUUGAGACAA